AUUCUAUCGUCUAACGGCCUCUCUCUCUCUCUCUCUCUCUCUCUCUCUCUCUCUGUCUUCUUCAUGGCGGUUCAGAGCAGAAGCGGGAAAAGCAGCGGCGGGAACAAUGGAAUCCUAACUAGGUUUACUAGCACUGUGUCUGAAUCACACAUCGUCAGCUAUGGCAAACAAGUAGCCUCUGAUGCUACAUUCGUAACCAAAAAGCUCCUGAAAAGCACCGGGAAAGCAGCUUGGAUCGCAGGAACAACGUUCUUGAUCCUGGUCGUUCCUCUUAUCAUCGAAAUGGACCGAGAGCAAAUGUUGACCGAGCUCGAUAUGCAGCAGGCCAGCUUGCUCGGCACCCCACCCUCACCUCCCAAGUGAUCAAUUAAUCGUCAGUUUCAGGUUAGAGACAUCGAGUCUGGUACUCUGGCUAGGGUUUUGCUUUGUUGAAUUUUGCCUUUGAGGUUUUAGUUUAGAAUCAUUUGUGGAAGGAUGUGGUACAAUUGCUAAAAGGAUCCUUUUGAGGGUUUUUGUGUUUCUUAUUGAAGUGGAUGGAACUACAUUAUUUUUUAAUGGAUUCGGGGGCAUUUUCUA